CCCCUCUCGAGUUUAUUGAACAAUGUUCUCGUCGAUCUCGUCGUACACGGCCAUGCCGUCGUCGUUCGCGACCACGGCCAUGCCGUCGGCCAAGGCCUCGUUCCAGGUUGUCGCUGCUGCCGGCGCUGAGAAGAAGAAGCAGUCGCGCAAGCUGAACGGUGCCGAGGACUUCCUCCUCGGUGGUACCGCUGCUGCCAUCUCCAAGACCAUCGCCGCCCCCAUCGAGCGCAUCAAGCUCCUCCUCCAGAACCAGGGCGAGUCCGCGGCUGCCAAGGCCCAGGGUGAGUACAAGGGCAUCAUGGAUUGCCUCGUGCGUGUGCCCAAGGAGCAGGGUGUCGCCGCCUUCUGGCGUGGCAACAUGGCCAACGUCAUGCGGUACUUCCCGACCCAGGCCCUCAACUUCAUGUUCAAGGAGCGCUACAAGCAGAUCUUCAAGGUGGAGAAGGAUGCCUCGUUCGGCAUGCGCCUCUACUCGAACGUCGCGUCUGGCGGUGCCGCUGGUGCCACCUCGCUCCUCGUUGUCUACCCGCUCGACUUUGCCCGGACGCGGCUUGCUGUCGAUGUCGGCACUGGCGGCAAGCGCGAGUUCACCGGUACCAUUGACUGCAUCCGCAAGACCGCGGCCAAGUCUGGCUGGUUCAAGGGUGGCGUCUACAACGGCUUUGUCAUCUCGUGCGUCGGUAUCAUCAUCUACCGCGGUGCCUACUUCGGCAUCUUCGACACUGUCGCCCCGAUGAUGAAGGACCUCGGCUUCCUCGCCAAGUUCGGCCUCGGCUACGCCGUGACCACCGUCGCCGGUAUCGCCGCGUACCCGAUCGACACCAUCCGUCGCCGCAUGAUGAUGGUUUCGGGUGGCGAGAACGCCAACAAGUACAAGUCGUCGAUCGGCGCCUUCAACAUGAUCCUCAAGGAGGAGGGUGUCGCCGCCCUCUUCAAGGGUGCCGGCUCGAACGUCCUCCGUGGCCUCGCCGGUGCUCUUGUCCUUGUCGGUUUCGACGAGCUCAAGGCUGCCUACGUCAACCUCAAGUACGGCAAGCUCGAGGAGUAAGCACUCCCACACUGUUUUCCCUCUCCCAUCAAAGACGAACAUUGUGCA